AUGAUGUCAGGUGGGAAUGGCCAUUCUGAUGGGGGGCACAGCACCCUCUCAUUACUGCCAGCAGCGAAAUUUGGUGCAACGAGUGGUGCCGCUGGCCUUCUGUAUGGCGCGACUUCCAGUGUUAUCAAAGCCCAUCGACACCCAGCAAUCCAUGCCAUCUCGCAUGGUAUUCACUGGUUUGCAUUUGGCACCUCUUUCUGGUGGAUGAGAAGCAAUAUUCUAAAUAUCCAGUUUGCGAAGAAGCCAACACCGAGGGAGCGUAUCUAUGCCAGCGCAGUUGCAGGAGGGCUAUCAGGUGGCGCCGUGACUUGGUCUAUUUACAGACGGUUUUUGCCUGGGCUGGUAGUGUUUUCUAUUGUGGGAGCUGUGGGGCAGAUGUCACUGAAUGUUGCAGAUGACUGGCAUUCACAACGAGCAAAUACGCCCCAAAGGCCACUGCUGGAACGUCUUGCUGAAUCAAAAUGGAUGCCCAUCAAGACACUGACAGACGAAAAGUACAAAGAUAUGCUAAAUGAAAAGUUGCUUGGUGUAGAAGUUGAAAUUGCUCUGAUCGACGAGCGAAUCGAUGAACUUCGGGCAUCGCAGCUGUCUAAGACUCAAGAGCGAUAG